GCCGGAGUAGGGACCAUACGUCAGCGUGUACCGCCUCGCUAUCGCGCGGAGAAUCACGGACAGAUCAAACAUGGCGAUUCAGUCGCUGUUUACGGUGAGAGCAGACGGCUUCUAGCGCCCUGGUGGCGUGUACCAGUGCACAAGAGGGACUUUCUAACGGCGGAGCGGGCUUGUGCCAUCGUGAAUUGACGGAUUUCGCUGGAUAUCGUGAGCAUGGAGACGUGCGAGGCGGAAACGACGACGGAAAAAGCGUCGGGUGGCGUUGGUAUUGAUAGCGGAAUAUAUGACGCGAAGGGCGUCGUGUACUCCGUAAUAGCGGAGCCAACGCCUGCGACGUCAUCACGCCCACUUUCCGGACGGGUGCCGCGAUCUGUCGGCGGCAGCGCGGAAUGCAAACCGAACGUUGAUCGUUCGAACGGCAAUAAGCAUAAAACAUCACUUAUAAAAAACUAUGGAAGAUUGGAAAGCGGUAGCGGUAGCGGUGAUCAAGACGGCGGUCAACAUGAAGAUAUCGCAGCAAAAAAGAGGAAAACUCGCAGGGGUAAACCUAAGCACAGGAAGUUAAAACCGUAUUUGAAACAAUUAUCUUAUCAGCAACAGUUGCGGAGCAACAGGUGUAUCGGUAGAAUUGCAAAAACUAAUAGGCAACCACCAGCUCUAUAUAAUACUACACAAUUCCUUAUGGAUGAUCAUAGUGAUCUACCUGAUCUUGAACAAAAAUUAUCAGAAGCGGCAUCAUUGGAAGUACCUGCCAUGUUUCAGAAACCACCAGCGCCGCCGCGCACUCGUGAUUCCAGUUUUAGUGUAGAUUCCGAUGAAGAUUAUUUUUAUUCAUCUCCGGAAGAUGAAGAAGAGUUUUUAACAAAAGAAUUUUCGACUGCAUACGAAGACCUUCACGAAGAAAGAUUGAGCACUUUAACAAAAACAGAAUUAAUACAAGAAUAUAGACAUUUAGAAGCUAAAAUGGAUUCAUUAACAAAAAGAUUACGUAAUAAGAGCAUUCAUCAAAUAGAAGAAAGAGAUUCGGAAAGUAAAAACGUAUCUACUACAGAUUCUGAGAUAGCGAAGAAAUUAAAGUUAUGUCAACAACGAAUUGAUGAUCUAAUACAACAAAACGAGCAGCUAAGACGAGAAAACGAAAUGUUACGUACUGAAAAAAGAUUAUGCGCGAGCAGUUCAGAGUCUAGUGUCGAUAGUGAAAGCGACAGCGACAGUUCUAGCAAUAGCAACCAAAGUGGAUGUAGUUGCUCUCUUUCAAGUCCAGGAACAUCUCCCAAGCAUACUUACAAACCUAGAUUAGAUAAUAAUAUAAGAACAGAUAAAAAAAACGAUAGCUGCGAUACUAGCCAAAGCGGAAGCCCCAGGACAUCUAUAACACCUACUAAUUUCUCUAACAGGCACGUAGUUAUGAAUGAAACAGGUAGUUUUCCUACAUAAAUUCUACUUUCUCUUGAAUCAAAUUAAAAAAUGAAUCAGCAAACAACAAGGCAGAUCUGUAUUUAUAUACGGUUCGGCCAAUUAAAUGUAUAUUAACAUUGCAUUCAAUAUUGUGAAAUUAUGAAUAGUGAAGCAUACAUUGUAUGCAUUUAUUCAAUAUAUGUACCUUACAUAUAUAUAUAUUUAAAAAUAGUGAAAUUUUCAGUAAAUUUUGUUGUAACAGCAUUCUCAAUCUCUCUCUGAUAUCUGCUAAAUCUGAUUAGACUUAUUAU